AUGCAUUAUCGCAAGGUAUCAUGCUCCAACACCUACUUUCAAGCGGAUCACCCGGAGAACGCAAGGGGCCGUCAGUGGAUUGAGUCCUACAUGAAAAAGAAGGGUAUUCAAUCCGCUGUCGAGUUUUGGCUAUACGUCCUCAGAUACUACCUGGACACAUCGCAUUCAGAUAUCAUGAGAGAUGCUGCAGAACUUAUAGAGAAGUACGGCGAAGAAGGUCUUCAAAAAAUGAUGACUGAAUCGCAUAUCCCACCUGAUCUCGAAAACCACGAUGCGUACACUUACCAUACUCAGGCGGACAACUACUUCUUCAGCAUCUGGGAAGCCGCGGAAGGGGAAGAAUUUAUCCUCACGCACAACACAUUUGGUUUGUGGGAAGGUUUAGGAGGUGGCUGCCCUGGCCUGCAUCGCAUAUUUGUAGUCAGCCCUCGCAUUGCCCUCGUCCUGCGGCAUGUGGUAUUGCGUCCAGAGAUGAAGGAAUAUAUCAAGCCGGGUUCGUUAGUGAGCUCUUUGCUCCACGUGAAUCCAGUACCGCCCACUCCAAUUUACGCCAGUGGCGAACGUGGUGCACACAUCGACCACGUAGAUGUGCAAUCCGCGAUGUCACUUGCACGUUACAGAUCCUCCCAGGAAGGGGCAGAUGACAGUUUUGUGUUCAAGAUCACAAAGCUGUCGCGACCCCAAACAUUGGAGUUCAAUUCCGUUCUAUUAGUCAAUGUGACGAAGACAGGCUCUUUGACCUUCCUGUCAAGGAGGAGUAUGCUCCGCACCGUGCGUGCGUUCCGGAGUUUGCCAGCCAAUUUCCUUGAGAGCGAGCUUCUCGUUCCGCUCAUUGCGCGACUGGCGGAUACUGUGGAGACAGAAGUCCCACAGGCCCCCGAAAUCUUGUCAACGCUAUUCAAGGAAGACACCCCGACAGAUGGAUUUGUUGUGGAUCUCACGCGGCUCAUGUAUGAGCGCUCUUCACCGUCAGAUUUCUCUUCUGGUUUUCAUAUGGCAUAUUCAUUACGAAGAGUAUGCGGCAUGGCUGGGCCGACCACCAAUCCUGUCAGUCUGAGCUAUUACCAGUUAACGGCAUCUAUAAUUCAAUGUCUUGGUCGCACAAUGCUGGGAUCCCUGCCAGAACCGUAUUCUUCGCAGCCGCGCGAGAGGCCCAAGGCCCGGCUCCUUUACAAGAUGCCAGAAGAGCAUUCAGAGUUGCUUUUCUCGAAUAUGAAGAUGAUACUGCGGAAAUCGCUCCCGGGGUAUGAGCUCUCGCCGGGAGGGAGUACUCUAGGCCAAACCCUCAAAAAGUGGAUAGACGAGAUGGCCAUCGUCGGCUGUCUUGCGUGGUUGGGGAAACAUAGGAGGAAUUUUUUGGACUACGUUCUGGAUGGGUUUCUGCAAAGUAUGAAUUUCAAGCUGUUUGAAGAUGAAGAAGCCACUGGGAGUACCUAA